CUCCCCUCCGCGGGCCUAGUGGGUUGUCCUCUGGCGUUCUGGCUUUAUUGGGUUUUUUUCCUCGCACCUGGGCUUUUAUGCGACGUCGCCUUCACGACAUCUGCAGCCAUGGUGCUCAAAGCGGUCCUUAAAAAGCUGGUCGACAAACGGGUGGUGCUGGCAAGCGGCUCCCCGCGCAGGCAGGAGAUCCUAAAUAACAUGGGUCUCCAGUUUGAAGUUGUUCCAUCAUGGUUCAAAGAAACACUUGAGAAGUCAACUUUUUCAGCCCCGUAUCAAUAUGCUGUAGAAACUGCAAAACAGAAGGCACUUGAAGUAGCAAAUAGAAUGCAUGUGAAACAUCUUCAAACACCAGAUAUUGUUAUUGGAGCAGACACUAUAGUGACUAUAGGAGGACAAAUUUUGGAAAAACCAGUGGACAAACAGGAUGCCUAUAAGAUGCUUUCCAGGUUAAGUGGUAAAGAACAUAGUGUUGUCACAGGUGUUGCAAUUGUUCACUGCAGUAGUAAAGAUGAUUAUCUAGACACUGGAGUCACUGAGUUCUUUGAAGAAACAAAAGUCAAAUUUGCCGAACUCUCUGAGGAACUUCUGUGGGAGUAUAUCCACAGCGGUGAGCCAAUGGACAAAGCUGGUGGAUAUGGGAUCCAAGCACUUGGGGGAAUGUUGGUGGAAUAUAUUCAUGGAGAUUUCUUGAAUGUGGUCGGGUUUCCUUUGAAUCAUUUCUGCAAAAAGUUAGGUGAACUGUAUUAUCCGCCCCCAAAGCAUACCAUACAGCAUAUAAAAUAUGACUCUAUCCCUUCAGUGGAGACUUUUGAGAUUCUAAGUGAUGGAGACUGUGAUUCUUCAGAUAUGGAUUCUUCAAAAAUGGAAGAUGCCAAAAGGCUAACAAAUGGUGGACUUGUGGAAUUGGGAAAAUGCAAAGAGAGCAAUUGCAAUUAUAAGAUACCUAUGGAAAUUCAAAAUGGAGUACCAAGAAAUGUAACACAAUGCCUCUCUAAACUUACACAUCUUUUGGAUGGAUUUAAAGGCUCAAAGGUUUUGUUUGUGGCAUGUAAGCUGAAAAUAUUUGAUCUUCUUAAAGAUAGGGGCACUGUGACCACAGAAGAUGCGGCAAAUCAACUUAAUACUUCCCUACGUGGAACAGAAAGAUUACUUGAUGCCUGUGCUUCUCUUGGUCUGUUGGAAAAGAAUCAUCAAGGUUACAGUAAUGCAGAACUAACAAAUCUAUGCCUGGUAUCUGAUAGUGAAUAUUCACUUCAUGACUACAUUCUUCAUUGUAAUGACCACCUAUGGUCUUUGUUUACUCAUUUGGAGCUAGCAGUUAAAGAAGGAACUUCACAGAUACAUCAUACAUCUGAGAAGAAAGUGAAUGAUUUGUUUCAGGAUUUCCACUGUCAGUCUGCAGAGGCAAAGCAACGUUUUGUGAGAGCCAUGGACAGCAGUUCCAAAGUGACAGCAAGGGACAUCAGCACAGCUUUUGAUCUUUCCCAGUUCAAAGUUGUAUGUGAUUUGGGAGGUUGCACUGGAGCUUUAGCUUAUGAUUUAGUCCAGAUCUACCCAGAAAUGCAAGUCAUUGUCCUUGAUCUUCCUGAAGUUAUUACAGAUGUCACCAGCUGUCAACUUUCAAGACAAAAUGCUUGUGAAGUAUCCUUUGUAUCAGUAGGUGAUAUUUUCAAAGAUAAUCUUCCAGAAGCAGAUCUUUAUAUUCUUUCAAGGGUUUUACAUCAUUAUUCUGAGGAAAAGAUUUCCCUACUGUUAAACAAACUCUCUGCUCUUUCCAAGCAAGGAAUUGCGCUGCUAAUAGCAGAGAUAAUACUUGAUGAAAAGCGAAUAAAACCUGCUAGAGCUGUUUUCCAGUCUCUCAGUAUGACAGAAGGCAAGGAAAGAAAUACAUUGGAAUACAAACAGUUAUUAGAAGAACAUGGAUUUAGUAAUGUACAGAUUAAAAUAACAGGAAAUCUGCUAGAUGUAAUUUUGUGCUCUAAGAAACCAUCUUCCUACACUAAAUAGUUCUGGAUUUAUUAUUUCAGUUUUCUGAAUACUGUGUUUCUAUUUCUGAUUAUGGUGUCUCUGAAUUGUUAUGGUGGUGAAUUGUAUGUAAAAGCUAUUCCACUUUUUAUUAUUUGUUAAAAACUGAACUAAAUGUAAUUUCCUUCUGAAAAGUCCUGGCUGCUUUUGUAACUAAUAGUAAUUGAUAGCAUUAAAUCAUUUCUCCCUUUUUCCCCUAUUACAUGUUCUUUCUAAUUUAUGGUCUAAUGUAAUCCAACAACUUUUCUGUGCAUCAUGAGCUAUAGAGAUUCUCAGUCAUCCAGGUCAUGGUUGUCCCAGAGGUGCUUUUUCAGGAGGGAACUGGACUUUCAUUUGAAGAUGUUUUGCUUCUCAUCCAAAAAGCUUCUUCAGCUCUGAUAGGAUAGUGGGGAAUGAGAGGAUUUUAUGACAAGCAAAAUAUCUUCAAAAGAAAAAACGAAGUCCAGUUGCCUCCUGAAAAAGCACCUUUGGGACAUCAGGAGCUGUACAGAUUUUAGUAGGGCAGGCAUCAAUUCUAUAGUCCAAUGGCCCUAUUUUGUAAUAGCAAAAUCCAAGAAAUAUAAGAAAACAUUAAAGGAAUCCACUCCCCCACCAUCUCCCAACACAUACAUACAGAUUUGGUGAUAGUGAUUACACUUAUUCAAUGUGUGGUCAGGUUUAAUGAAUAAGCCACAUGGUAAACCACUGAUGAUGUGAUAGAAUAUGCAUCUGCAGAAGCAGUGGGGGAGAAUUUUGGCAACAGAGCUUUCCCAGAAAGAGGCUUGGAUUAAGAGACUGCAGACCUCAGCUGCUGGAGGGAGAGGGAGGAUCAAGUGAGCCGUGGUAGUGCAAUGGUUAGAAUGCAGUAUUGCAAGCUAACUCUGCCGACUGCCAGCAGUUCGACUCUCACCAGCUCAAGGUUGACUCAGCCUCAGACUGAAGCUAGUAAAAUGAGGACCCAGAUUGUUGGGGGCAAUAUGCUGACUCUGUAAACUGCUUAGAGGGGGCUGUAAAGCACUGUGAAGUGGUAAAUAAGUCUAAAUGCUAUCAGGAUAGCCACAUCCUAGAAUCUCUAAGCAAAUAAAGGAUUGGAAUUGA